AUGAUUUAUCUUUCCGGAGAAUCUUCUGUUAAUGGCCACUGUCCAGUCAAUACAUGCCAAGAUAAUAUCCAGAUAAAAAUGAUUGGAAUUAUUACAGUGGCCAACACCUCUAAUCAUAGGAUAACUUAUACUGCUAGCUUAAGAGAGUAUAUUAAAAGAAGGUACAUUCAGAAGAUGGAAUGGCUAAGUAUGAAUCUUAUUUAUGGCUACUCAGGAUUAUUUAAAUCUGAGAUUGAUUUCUGUUAUCAUUUAUACGAUAUAUAUGGCCUGAUAAACAUAGUAUGGCUGAGACCAGAGCCUAAACCAGCUGUCAAGAGAAAACGAGGGACCGCGCAGGCCGGGUUCAUAAACCGAGAGCAUGCUGACUUUGACCACAACGCCAGCGUUCAUGCCAGGGUUAGUUCAGAUAAUGAGAAUAAUAUAGAUGAUAUUUUGACUGUGGUUUCCACGCUCAGUUCAGCCCGCACGAUUCCUGAUCUUGACCUCAUUAACCCCAGGCUUCUUGAACCAGGGAUCUCGGGAGCAGGCGGUAUUACCUUGGCAAACGAGGUGCCUGACCCUCCCGAUGAUCUGUCCUCAUCUUUGAACUGUGUCAAAGAUGCUCGUCACAACGGUAACCCCGUGUUUCAGUCUUGUGACCGUAUUAGUGCCCUGUGUAUUAACGAUUAUAUGAAUAAUCAUCUGGACGCCGGAGCUGUCGAGCUUACAGUAUCUCUGGACCGGACAAAACCACACAUAGAUCUAUCUUGGGUUGAUAGCAAGAAUCUUGAAGAUGGAGUAUCUCAAGAUGAUGGACCAGCAGCUCUAUGUGAUUGGGUACCAUCCUCCAGUGCUUAUCCCGCAUAUUCUGCCUUAUUGUUGACGCUUAAGGAUAAAGGCAGAAUGGUGUCUGGAUAUUUUUUGAAGACUCGGAAAACUGGGCGUGUUUUAAAAAGCGAUUCUUUAUUAGUACCCAGAGAAAGGAGGGCAUUUUGGCGGUUGAAAAGUCAAAAUCUGACCUGGAGGCAUAUCAUGUCCUAUUUCCUUAAAAGCAUUCUUCCGAGCUAUGUUAGAUGA